CGGGCCGUCAUGGAGUCUAGGGCCGUUUUCGUCGGCGUCGUGGUUUUCUUCGCCGUGAGCCGGCUCGUCCUGUCGCACUUCAACGGUGUGGAGAACUCUCUGUACGCCAUGGACGGCGUCGGCCUGCGCCUGCCCGCCCCCGGGAGACACUCGUCGAACCGGAACCACGCCAGGACCACGGCCAAGUUCUACGGACACGCCGUCGUGCCGAGAACGUCCUGGGCCGAGAAGUUCCAUCCGGCGGCGGCGUGCCGGCCUCGGCAGCUGUCCCUGUGCGACGACGUGCUGCCGUACAACUCGACGCUGCUGCCCAACCUGGUCGGGGACCGGGACCGCAUCUCGCUCAACCGGACGCUGCUCUUCUUCGCGCUCAUGCUCAAGACCGAGUGCAACCCGAGGCUCAAGCAGCUGCUCUGCUCGCUCCUCGAGCCGCCGUGCCGCGCGGGCAGGCCGCUCCUGCCCUGCCGGAAGUUCUGCAAGGUGGCCACGGAGAACUGCCAGAAGCUGAUCCCGGCGACGCUGGCGCUGUCGCGGGUCUUUGACUGCCGACGGUACCCGGACUCCGACAGCCCGAGCGUCUGUCUCAACCUGGCCAGGAGCGCCUCGUGCCUUCGGCAGGAGCACCAGUGCCCGGACCUCACCUGCAUCCCGCGCCAGUGGAGGUGCGACGGGGUCAGGGACUGCCCCCUGGCGGCGGACGAGGCGAACUGUACGGGCAAGGGGGCCUCAACGGUAUGCAGCCACGAAGAGUUCCGCUGCGACUGGCGCUGCAUCCCCAACACGUGGCGCUGCGACGGCGAGCCGGACUGCCAGGACGCUGCCGACGAGAGGCACUGCCCGCCCAAGCCAGUGUGCGGGUCCGGUCGGUUCCAGUGCCGGGACGGGUCCGGCUGCUUCCCGCAGCGCUGGGUCUGCGACGGCAAGGCCGAGUGCCGCGACGGCAGCGACGAGCAGGACUGCUCCAAGAAACAAUGCACGGCGGGCGACUUCCGCUGCGACAACGGCAUUUGCAUCCCGUCCCUGUGGCGCUGCGACGGACACAACGACUGUCGAGACGGCAGCGACGAGCGCCACUGCGGGAGCUACCUCAAAGUUAUCGGACCAAUGCACAAACCAUAGUGGACUAACAUCAUCGCAUUGACAAGAAGCCACGCCCUUAACCAAGAAGCCUGCAUCGGGGGACUUGCCUGUCAUCCCCCCGAGCAUCAGGCCCAUCGUCCGAUCUCUUCACCCAUUUAUUUAUGAGCACUGUAUGUCUUCACCCCAUAAUGUCCUCUGCACAUCCCCGUAAUGAAAAAGAAACUUGGCUUAUUACAGAAAAGAAAAAAAAAACAAACACCAUUUGUAAA